AUGAUCAUUUCCAAGAGUUGCAAUAGCUCUGCUUCCAACGUGAUUCACAAAGAUGAAGAAUAUUUAGUAUUGGGCGAGUCUUCCGAUGGUUUCUUUUAUUACAAUAGGUCCAAUUCUCCUCAACACAUGGCUCUGCAGGAUUUGUUGAUGAAACAGCAUGAACCUCAUGCCAAAUGUUGCCAAUUAACAGCAUCGGGCAUUCAAGCAAUUUCAGCAACUCUGCACGGAAUUAUCAUUUCUAGAAAAAAUGAACAUUUGAAUUUAAUCUAUAGUGAUGAGCUGUAUUGUGAUUCUCCGAGAUUGUUUCAAUGGAUUGCUAAAAUGUACAAGAAUGUGACCUUGCAUUCCAUCGAUAUUUUGGACAAGAAUAAUAUCAUUUGUUCAUUUGAGGGUAAAUUUGCAAAACAAACCAACAUUUUGUUCUUUGAGAGUUGCAGUAAUCCAAAUGGAAAAAUGUUUGACUUUUCCAUUUUACAAAAGUUGGAAGCAGCCUCAAAGGCCUUAAUCACCAUUGUGGACAAUACAUGGCUCACUCAUGAGAUAUUUAAUCCAUUCACUAUAAAACAAGUGGAUUAUGUGGUGAGUUCUCUCACUAAAUAUUACAGUGCAGGUCAUUGUAUUGGUGGAAUGGUUUUGGCUCGUUCCAAGAAUGCCAUGAAAGGUUGCACCGAAUGGAUGGUUGUGAAUGGUAAUCAUGUGAGUCCGUAUCAUUGUGAAUUGGUGAAAGAGUAUGCAGAGACCAUUUCAGAUCGAAUUGCAUUUUGUUCAGAUCUUACCAAGCGAGUCAUUACGGAAUUCCUUGUCAAGCAUCCAAAGGUUCUUCAAGUGAAUCAUCCACUGUGUCAAAAUCACCCAUCACAUGCUCUCAUGAAGAUUUACUUUAAGCGCCCACCAAGGACUCGAGACCAUUUAGUUCCAAGCGUUUUCACGUUCAAGGUGAAAGGAACUAAAAGUGAGGUUUUGCAAGUUUUGAAAAAAGCAACCAUUCUUGAGCAUAAAACCUCAUUUGGUGCCAAAAUGUCACGCACAGAUCCAUGGCCUCAGGAGGAAUCAGGUUUUACAUUUGUCAGGUUGUCCGUUGGGUAUGAAGAUAACUAUGAGAGAAUUGUCAGAGGAUUGGAGGAAAUAUUAAGCCAUUUGUAG